AUGCUUCCCAACUCGCAGUAUCAUCAAUAUAUGCAACAACCGACGGGUGGAGCACCUAAUCCACUGGCAGCAUUGCUACAAUCGGCUGGCACCGGCAACUUGUCGCAACAGUUCCCAGCAUUGGGUAGUAAUAAUCAAGCAGCAGCUGUGGCAGCAGCGGUUGCCCACCAACAGCAGCAACAACAACAGCAACAUCCGGGCAUGUCAGCCCAUGCAGCUUCCAAUGACCCUUAUGGAUAUCCAGUUCUUAUGAAUACGAGUGCCAGUGCCAUGGCAGCAGCAGCAGCAGCCCAAAAUGCCAUGCCUGCAGCAGCAGCAGCAGCCGGUAACAAAGCAGCUGCAAUGAACCUUUCUUUCCUUCACCAAGAUCAUCAAGUCCAACAAAAGCUUGCUCAACUCGAAGAGGACAAGAUAUACACUUUGGUCUUGGAGUUGUUGAAUCCAUCAUUACGUGAACAAGCCCUUCUAGACCUCAGCAAGAAGCGUGAGCAGUACGAGGAUUUGGCUCUGGUGCUAUGGUAUUCUUAUGGAGUAAUCACCGUGCUGCUUCAGGAAAUUGUCUCUGUGUAUCCCAUGCUCACUCCUCCCACACUAAACGGGGUAACAUCCAACCGAGUGUGCAAUGCGCUGGCGCUAUUACAAUGUGUUGCAAAUCACAACGAAACACGAGCUCUCUUUUUGAAUGCACAUCUACCUUUAUAUCUAUAUCCAUUCUUGAACACCACAAGCAAAACACGACCCUUUGAGUAUCUUCGGUUGACCAGCCUAGGUGUUAUUGGUGCGCUUGUGAAGAAUGACAACCCUGAAGUCAUCAGCUUUCUGCUUUCAACCGAGAUUAUACCCUUAUGCUUGCGUAUCAUGGAAACAGGCAGUGAAUUGUCAAAGACGGUGGCCAUUUUCAUCAUUCAAAAGAUCUUGUUAGACGAGACUGGAUUGUAUUACAUUUGUCAAACAUACGAGCGUUUCUAUGCAGUGGCGACCGUUUUGCACAAUAUGGUUUCUCAAUUGGUGGAGACACAAGCGAUUCGACUACUUAAACAUGUCAUCCGAUGCUACCUUAGACUAUCAGAUAACCCACGAGCACGAGAAGCCUUGCGUCAAUGUCUACCAGAGCCUUUGAGAGAUACAACAUUCCAUGCAGUACUAAAGGAUGAUGCUGCUACACGACGCUGUCUUGGCCAAUUGUUGAUGAACCUCUCGGACAAUGGCAUGAACUGA